AUGGAAGAAAUCGCAAUUCGAAUCUACAAAGCGACGUCAAUUGAUGCGCAACACAAAUGUAUUUGUCAAGUAGAGUACUCCGUAGCGUCCCUAUUCGUUUUGCACGAUACUUUCUUCCGAAAGUCCACAGAAACAGCCCAUGAUUUACCGCCACAGGGUUUAUUUGGAGAUCCUCAGCUGAAGAGCGCCUCAAGCUUGGUAGAAUUAAACAGUCGAGUUCGUGCUGAAUGUGCUGAGCUACUAAAUCAGAUCGAAGCCGGCAGUAAAGAGCGAACUACUGUUCAGCUUUUUGAUGACUUAUCAAAUACUAUUUGUAAAGCUGCUGAUAUGGUAGAAUGCGUACGACAACUACACAGCGACCCAGCUUACAAUGAAGCCGCUCAGAGCAGUGCAAGUGAUUACUGUGAACUUGUAGAAAGUUUAAACACUUACACAAAACUGUAUCACAAGCUGAAGAACUCUAAGGAGGAAGAAGCUGAUCGAUUAGAUGACGUCGACAGACAUACAAUAGACUUGUUCCUGAAUGAGUUCGAGCAGUCUGGUGUACAUCUUCCACAGAAGGAGCGGGCUGAAUUCGUACGGUUAUCGAGUGAGAUUUUCAACGCUAGCACGAAGUUUCAAAUGGGUUGCGAUUCAGAAGUCAUUGUAGGCAGAGCUUUGAAGCAUCAGUAUGGUCUCGAAUCAACGCGAAUCGCCUCUCCGGCGUCGAACUGCGUUGAACAGGCAAAGAGGCGUUUCAUUCACACGACCUAUUAUCGCCAUAAUGAAGCCCAGGAAGAGAACUUGCGAAAUCUCGUACUGUAUCGAGACGAACUCGCAAGACUCACUGGCUAUCCAUCCUAUGCACACAGAGCACAAGAAAAUAGCUUGUUAGGCUCCUACGAAAACGCUCAUGAUUUUCUAUGGGGAGUAAUACAGGCCUGCCGACCAUCAGCAGAACGAGAGAUAGCAGUGCUAUUGGAUGUGCAGUCACAGUGUAAUUCUUUGUCCAGUGGCAUUGGCGAGUGGGACGUACACUAUCUUACGCAAAUUUACAAGGAACGUGCCUACGGAAUUGAGCACUACCAUGAAAUACACAAGUUUCUCAACCUUGGAAAUUUGCUAAGAGGUCUUGCGAGUCUGCUGAACAAGUUGUAUGGAGUGCGAAUCCAAGAACAAAAGGUUGAACGAGGAGAAAUGUGGGACGGCAACAUUAUAAAACUGGAUGUCUUCAGCGCCGAAGAUCACUUCUUAGGGACAGUGUAUCUAGAUAUUGAUCGGAGGCCAACGAAAGCCAUUGGCGAUUGCCAUUUUACUGUGCGUUGUUCAAAACAGCUAAAAGACGGCAGCUGGCAAACACCAAUAGUGGUUCUUUCGUUAGCGAUAUGCGACCAGUCUGAUGUCGACUGGACAUCCAUUCCGGUACUGAUUGACAUGCAUCGCGCAGAAAAUGUUUUCCAUGAAAUGGGCCAUGCGAUGCAUAGCAUGCUUGGAAGGACGAGGUAUCAACAUGUGGCAGGCACGCGAUGUCCCCAGGACUUUUCUGAAAUCCCUUCUAUACUAAUGGAAUAUUUCUUCAACGAUCUAACGGUUCUACAAUCUGUUCUCCGUAACCCCAAUGGGGACUGUGUACGUAUUGAAGACGCUGCAUCAAUGAUAGCAUCAAGAUUUGCUUUUUCGUCUUUAGAAAUCAUGCAACAGGCCUCCUAUGCACUUUUUGAUUUGGAACUGCAUGCACCAGAUGCGGCAAGACUCCUUCGUGAGGGUCGCAUUACCACAACGAAUCUCUUCAAUUCUAUAGUGACAAAGGUCCCACCGACUGGUACAGUAUAUGGUGCAAAUAUUACUCUACGAGUUGGUGGCUGGAAUCCGCUGCUAGUUUGA